UGCUCUCCAUGACCUUCCUUGCAAUCCCACCUCCAUUAUCGCUCAAUAAUCAUACAUCAUGUUCACCACAAAUGAAAGAACUGCGCUUUUGGCUAGACCACUCAAAGAUACCGCUGUACGAACACGAUGGCAGGAGCGACUCCAGCAUUUUACAUGGGCAUGGUUCGAAGUUACAAUGUCGACGGGCGGAUUGGCGACACUUCUGGGCCAGCAGCCCUACACCUUCACUGGUCUGCAAACUAUUGGGAAGACGUUUUUCAUUCUCAAUAUAGUGCUCUUUGUUGUAUCUAGUGGAUGCAUCACCUAUCGUUUCUGCAACAACAAAGGGUCACUAAUGCGUAGUUUACACCACCCUCACGAGAGCUUCUACUUUGGUGCCUUCUUUGUGAGCGUUGCUAUUAUCUUCUAUGGUGUACAGCAAUUCGGCGUUCCCUCCUGCGGCCCAUGGCUCGUCAAAGCGCUGGAGGUAUCGUUCUGGACUCAAGCAGGCAUCGUUAUGCUUGUCGCCGUGUUCCAGUACCAUGUCAUCUUCGACGAGGAGCAGCUUCCCGUCUCCGACGCAAUGCCUCAUUGGAUCCUGCCAGUUUAUCCGUUCUUGAUACUCGGUGUUUUAGGAAGCUCUCUGUUGAAGGACGUGUCGGCAGGAGCUGGUUUGCCCAUUUUCAUCGGUAGCCUCGCCUUUCAGGGUCUGGGUUGGACGGUCGCGUUUUUCAUGUUGACCAUCUAUGUUACCCGACUGGUCAACAGCGAGCUACCAGAAGCUCCAAAGAGGCCGGGAAUGUAUGUCGCGGUGGGACCCGCAUCAUAUACCGCGAAUACGCUCGUCACACUGGGGAUGCAAGCUCCAAAACACAUACCCAUAAAUUUUCUUGGCAUCACUUCUUUCUUGGUUGGGGAUGCAUUCAAAGCUAUCGGUGUUGUCACGGGUAUAUUCCUGUGGCUUGUAGCAUUUUGGUUUAGCGCGUUGGCCACCGUCAGCGUUAUCUUCACUGCCAAGGACUCACACUUCACGCUGAAUUACUGGGCAUUCAUCUUCCCAAAUGUCGGACUAGUGAUCGCACUCAUCCACAUCGCGAACGCACUUGAAAGUGAUGGUCUAAGGUGGAUAGGCAGCGGAGCGACUGUCAUACUUUCAAUGCUAUGGUUUUGGAUCGCUUUCUUGAAUGUCAAGGCCAUACUCGAGAAAAAGGUCCUUUACCCAGGAACGGAUGAAGAUAUGGAGGACAUUGAAGGACAUGCAGAUGCCAGUGAUGGCGAGGAGGAAGUAUGAGACAGUAGAUCUAGCAGCCACGUGGGAAUAUAAACACAUGCCAUC